AUGCCACCAUUACCCGGGUUCUCCGAUAAUGACCUCCGGACCCGGUCCGAUCUUGUUCGGGCCACGCUCGCCCUCCUCCGGCCGCUGUUGCCCCACUUCUCGCCGGCCAACGGCAGGAUCCGGCUUCCGGUAUCUUCUGCCACCCACUUUGACGAGACGGCAGCUCAGCUCGAAGGCUUUGCCCGGCCUCUAUGGGCCGUCGGCGCUCUGCUCCAUGGCUGCGACUCGGCUUCCGACCCGGAGCUGGCCGAGUCCAUCAACGAGGUCGUCCAGCCGUGGAUCGACGGCUUCGUCUCCGGGACCGACCCCGAGCACCCGGAGUACUGGGGGAAGAUCAACGACACGGACCAGCGCAUGGUCGAGGCCGAGAUCGUCGCGUUUGCCCUGCUCUCGGCCCCGGACCGGGUCUACGCGCCGCUGAGCCCGCGGUGCAAGCAGAACGUGGCGAGCUGGCUCCGCACGCUGAACGGGAUGGAGAUGCCCAAGAACAACUGGCGCUGGUUCAGGGUCUUUGGAAACCUGGCGCUGUCCAAGGUCUGCGGCGUUCCCUGGGACGACGUCCGCGACGAGAUCGACUCCGACCUGGCGCUGCUCGACACCUUCUACCGCUUCGACGGCUGGUCGGCAGAUGGGCCCUGGCAGACACCCGAACAGGCCCAGGCCGAGUCCGAGCAGUAUGAGAAGACUGGGCGGCGCGAUGCCGUGGGCAUUGGGCGGCAGGCGGAUUACUACUCCGGGAGCUUCGCGAUCCAGUUCAGUCAGCUGCUCUAUUCUCGGUUCGCCGCCGACGUGGAUCCCGGGAGAGCCGAGACGUACCGGCAACGGGCGCGGGGCUUUGGGGUCACCUUUUGGAAAUACUUUGACGCCGAAGGAGCCGCUGUCCCCUUUGGCCGGUCCUUGACCUACCGCUUCGCUUGCGGCGGGUAUUUUGCUGCCUUGGCCUUUGCGCAAGUUCCCGACAUGCCGAGCCCACUCGACUCGCCUGGAGCGGUGAAAGGAUUCCUGUUGAGACACCUGAGAUGGUGGGCUAGAAACUCCGAAGACAUCUUCUAUCCCGACGGGAGUCUGAACAUUGGCUGGCUUUACCCGAACAUGUACCUGAGCGAGGACUACAACUCCCCGCAGUCGCCGUACUGGUGUCUGAAGACCCUCAUCGCAGUCGGUCUUGCCGGCGACGACGCCUUCUGGACGGCGGAGGAAGAACCCUACCCGACCGUCACCGAAGCCGCCGACGCCGUCACGCUCGCACCGGCGCCCCAGCAGAUCCUCUGCAACCACCCGGCGGGCAACCACCACUUCCUGCUGGCGCCCGGCCAGUUCGUCGCGUGGCCGAUGAAGGCGAACCAGGCCAAGUACGCCAAGUUCGCCUACUCCUCGGCCUUUGCCUUCUCGGUGCCCACGGGCCCGCUGAUCCAGCAGAUCGCGCCCGACAACGCGCUCGCCCUGAGCCGGGACGGCGGGGAGACUUGGGCCGUUCGAUGGAAGUCGGAACAGGUGCGCUUCUCGACGGCCUAUGUCAGGGGGCCGUCGGGCGCGGUGGAGGAGGAGGAGAAGGGGUUGGUGGAGGAGGUGCAGGCUGCCAGCGCCAAGUGGUAUCCCUGGGGAGACCGGGCCGUGAGCGUCGACACGACGUUGGUCCCGCCUACGAACAGGUGGCCGGACUGGCACGUCCGGGUCCAUCGGAUCGAGCUGCAUGACGAUGUCAAGACGCUACACACCGUGGAGGGCGGCUUCGCCAUCUCCGGCCGCAAAAAAGCCGACGGCAUGCCUCUGCCGGUUCUUCAGAGCAUCCCGCCUGAUGCGAGGCUGGGGCUGACCGAGGGCGUCGUCCGUGACGAGUGGUCUACCCUGGUUCUGUCCGCCGCGGGCGCGAGCGGCGUCGUCACGAAGGUGCCGGGAGGCGGCCACCGGACGACGUCGGAGUGCUACCCCCUGAAGCCGGACUCCAAUACGAACCUGGCGUGCUCGAGGACCCUGAUACCCGUCGCCUCACAUACCAUGCUGGGCGGGGUGAAGCGCGGGGUCGAGAUCACCCUGGUGGAAUCCAUUUUUGCUCUGUCUGUAACGGCGAACGGCGGCUGGUCAGGGAGAACAGAGUCUUUGAGUUUGGCGAAGCGCUGGCUGGACCGCCCAGUCGUGAGUCUCGGCUUGGACCAAACUGCCGCCGAGAAGUCCAGCAGGAUUUUGGUGGACAUGCGGUCAACUAAGCAGGUUGAUAGUUAG